AUGGAGAAUAUCAACGGUGAGCUUGUCGACCUCUACGUGCCCCGCAAGUGCGCUGCCACUGGCCGCCUGAUUGAGGCCAAGGACCACGCCUCAGUCCAGAUUGCUGUGGCCGAUGUGGACGAGAACGGCAAGAUGAUCCCGGGCUCGACCACCAACAUCCCUAUCUCGGGUGCUGUCCGUCACCACGGUGAGGGCGACGACUCGAUCAACCGCAUUGCCCAGGACCUUGGCUUGAUCAAGAACGUUUGGUCUGCUCAACUCAAGUAA